AAUUUCCAACGGAAUUGCCGUUGGCCAAUCAGAAGCCGCCACAUCAGCUCAGCGGCACGGACGUGUUCGAUGCAUUGAGCAGCGCCGUGCCAGCGGCAAGAGCACAUCGGCAUGGACGGACGGUCGGACGGACCGACCGCUGCGGAUGCUCUUAGUAUUCCCAAAGGCCACAACCAACGUUAAAUUAUUCAAUGGACUGAUUCGAUCGAUCCAAUUGAUAUGGUAGAAAAAUAAUAUUUUUGCAUUAUUGGAUCGCCGGUCAAUACACGCUAUUAGCAAAUUCAUUUUAGCAAUUGCAGCACACAAUUUCAACAAGUCCAUCUUCACCACGACCAACAAUUUUAGCAUACUCUUCCUUGAUCACUCAUGGCUGCUUUUGGUGCAGCGGCUUCUCUCAAGAUUACAAUUGAGAAGCUUUUUGAAUCUCGCAUUUUGCUGGUUGCUCCGUAUCCAAUAGUGGAGCAGUUCAUUGCUUCCUAUUGUGCUGUGUUUGAUCAUUCAUAUUUCAAAGUGGUGAUAGCGUCUUAUGCUGCAGCGGUUUCUCUGAACUACACGGUUCUGAGCAUUCUACAAUCGUUUCGGGUUCCGCUGGUUUCUGUGUUUCAUAUUUCAGUUUUCACACGGGUGAUGCUGACUUAUGUUGCAGCGCUUUUUCUCAAGUAUAAGAUGUCUCGUUUUCUACCACGCGCCAUCGCUACAAAAUUCAUAGUGCCGGUGAUGGCCUACAACGCCAUGCAUCGCUUGCAGAUAGUUCUGCUGAAAUUGGAGGAGACCGGCUUCAGGAAGGUGAGGACGAAGGUGAAUGCUCUGGAUGAACGAAUCAAAGAGAUCAUAUGGGAAUUCGAAGAUUCGCUAGAAUCCCAAUUCACCAAUCAGAUUCUUCCACAACUCGAAAGCUCAAGCUCAGGUGGUGUGAGGGAUCCCUUGCCUUACUCUGUAAAUCUGUGGAGUUUGAAGGAGAGUGUUGAUUGCUUCGUCAAGAGGAUGAAGGUCAUGGAGGCAGAGUACGUAUCUGAACUGCUGACUAUGCCGGAAGAAGAAAGUGAACCUAUUUCCUCAAGAAUUGAUUUCGGUGGAAUCAACUCAGUGAUGGUUGGAUCAUCUGAUGUGUUUGAACGAGUCCGGGAUUUUCUGAUCGAAGAUGAGGGGAAACGGAUAUUAGUGACUGGGAUGGCAGGAGUUGGAAAGACCACUAUUGCUAAGAAAGUAUCCGAGGAUCCAUUGAUUAAGAAGCACUUCGAGCUUCGAGUAUGGGUCGAAGUGGGCAGAAUAUGUCAAUCCACUGAAAUAGUACAAUGCAUUCUAGCUCAAGAGGAUCCCAACACUUACAACCAAGUGUUUACCCAAGGAGAUGAUGAUGAGGAGAAAUUAGUUGGACUCUUGAAAGAGAGAUUAAUGUAUAAGAAAUGUCUCAUUGUGUUAGAUGAUGUAUGGGAAUGGGACACACAACUAAUGGAUAUCUUGCCAGAGGAGAAUGUCCGAAUCUUGGUUACAAGCAGGAUACGAUUGGAUGAAUGUCCAAUUUAUUCUUUAGUGUGCUUGUUGAACGAAGAUGAAAGUAAUAAAUUACUUGGUGAGAAGGUGUUUGGUGAAGAGGGUUUCCCUCCUCACUUGAAGAAAUUGGGAGAGAAGAUUGCAAAAAAAUGUGAAGGUCUUCCACUUAUGCUAGUCACAGUGGCGGAGCUCCUAUCCAAAGAAGACAAGACUGAAGAAUACUGGACUGAGGUAGCCCAAAAACAACAUAAUUCAGUGUUCAUGGAUUCAUAUAAUCAAAUAUCAGAGGUACUUUUCCCAAGCUAUGACUACUUGCCUCAAUAUUUGAAAAUGAUUUUCCUCUAUAUGGGAGCUUUCCCUCCAUACAGUAAUAUCGACGAAGAUAACAUCGUCUAUCUGUUGAUUGCUGAAGGGUUUCUUGAACCGUCUGAGGAAAUAACUUUGUCAAAUUCCUUGGGCGAAUGCACAAUGACACUUAUUGACAAGUAUAAUCUUGUUCUAUUAGAUGCAGAACCAUAUGUAUCUUGGUUUUCAACGAAAGAUUUUCGCGUGCAUUCUUGCUGGCAGCAUGUAUGUAAGAAGGAAGCUAGUAAAAUCAAGUUUUUGCAUGUUCUACAAAGUUGGGAUGAUGUAAUCAAAGACCAGCGUCGGUUGUGUGCUCAUUGCAAUACUUUAUUUUCCUUCAAACAAGUGUAUGAUUCAAUAAAAAGUGACUGCUCACCCAUUGCCCGUUCUCUCCUUUGUCUUGGUCCUUACGUCCAAUAUCCGGUGCCAAUACACGACAUGGAUCUCAAGUUGCUUAGGGUACUAAAUGCUGCUAAUGUUCGAUUUUACCUUAUCUCCCAAGAAAUUAUGAAACUAGUUUGUUUACGAUACCUUUCCUUAACUUGCAACUUAGAGAUCACUGUUUCUAUAUCCAAUCUUCUUCAUCUUCAAUCCUUGAUGAUAAAACCGCAUAUGAAUAUUAGAAAGUUUGGAGUUGUAUCGUACAUGCCGGAUGAAAUAUGGGACAUGCAGGAGUUAUUAAACCUUGAGGUCACGGGAAGAGACCUACCAACCCCUAAUUCUGAUGCUACAUUGGAAAAAAUUAUUUUAUAUUUCUGGUGUGAGUGCAAAGAGUUGCACCAGAGAAAUUCUCAAAAAAUUCCCUAAUUUAAAUCAAUUAGGAAUUAUUAUGGAGUUGAAGCCUUACGAUGAUGACAAUGUUAGCAACCUAACGAGUGUUCUCGGUUGUAUCUCAGAGCAACUCCCUAAUUUGGAACUAUUGAGAUAUAAUGUAAUGAACCCUGAUAUGAAGUGUCAGUAUAUGGUUCCUCUUUCAAUGUUCCCAUUAGGUUUGACAAUGUUGUAUUUGAGUGGAUUGGGGUGCCCAUGGAAGCACAUGAAUGAUGUUGGUUCACUGCUACCAAAUCUUACGAUUCUUGAGUUAAAACACUAUGCCUUUCGAGGCUCAGAAUGGAAUAUAGAACCAAGGUGUUUUUCAACUCUUUUGGCACUUGUAAUUGAAGACACUGAUUUGGUGCAGUGGACAGCACAAGCUGGAACCCUCCCAAUGCUUAGGCUCCUAAGCUUACAACAUUGCUACAAAUUACAACAACUCGAUUAGGUGCGUGAUCCCUCAAUGGUCCAAACUACAAUUGAAUUAGUUGAGUGUAAUCCGUUAGCCGUCACUUCUGCAAAUCAAUUAGGACCGGAAUCUCUCUUUAGAGUUCGUUGCCACUCUACAUUUUGAGAUGAGAAGCUGUAACUCUACUCUGAACUUGGUUAACAGAUGGAGUUGCAUUGCAUAACAUGAUCAGCUGCGAAGAAUUGAUCUUUGACUACUAGUUGAAGGCCUCUAAGGUGAAUUUGGAUGAUAGUAUAAACUAGAGUUCAUUAUAUUUCCUUCCCUUAUCUACCCAGUGGUAUCCCAAAAGUAUUUGACGAUCAGUUGGUUCAGAGACAUUUUGAGCUUCGAGCAUGGGUCAAAGUGGGCAGAAAGUGUGAAUCCAGUGAAAUUUUACGAUGCAUUCUAGCUCAAGUGCAUCCCGACAUUCGAGAACGAGUGCUUACCCGAGGAGACGAUGAUGAUGGCGAGAAAUUAGUUGGACUCUUGCAAAUGAGAUUGAAGAGCAAGAAAUGUCUCAUUGUGUUGGAUGAUGUAUGGGAAUGGAACACGCGAGUAUUGGAAAACUUGGAAAAAAGUAACGUCCGAGUCUUGCUUACAAGCAGGAAUAGGAUUGAAGCACCUUCAUUUCUAGAACUACGAUUGUUGGAUGAAGAAGAAAGUAAGAAAUUACUUGGUGAGAAGUUGUUCGGUGAAGAGGGAUUCCCUGAUCAGCUUAAAGAAUUGGGAAAAAAGAUUGCCUGCAAAUGUGAAGGUCUUCCACUUAUGAUAGUCACGGUUGCAGAGCUUCUAUCCAAAGAAGACAAGACCCUACAAUACUGGAGUGAGAUAUACGAGAAACAACAUAAUUCAGUCUUCGUAGAUGCAUAUAAUCAAAUAUUAGAGGUACUUUCCCCAAGCUAUAACUACUUACCUCAAUAUUAUAAAAUGCUUUUUCUCUAUUUGGGAGCUUUCCCUCCAUAUAGUGAUAUUGAUACAAACGAGCUUUUCAAUCGGUUGAGUGCUGAAGGGUUUCUUGAAACAAUUGGAAACCAAACCGUAAGUGAUUUUAUUCAAAAUCGCUUGGCGGAGCUUGCUGCAUUGUACAAUCUUAUUAUAUUCAAAUUCAAACCAGGAUCUUGGUUUUCAAAGAGAGAGUUUCGCGUGCACUCUUGCUGGCAGCACUUGUGCAAGAAAGAAGCUAGUAGGAUCAAGUUUUUGCAUGUUGUGCAAAGUUACGAUGAUGUUAUGAAAGACCAGCGUCGGUUGUGUGCUCAUUGCAACACUUUAUUUGCCUUCAAAGAAGUGUAUGAUUCAAUAAAAGUGAAUGUGCCUCGACGACCCGUUCUAUACUCUGUUAUGGUCCUAGCCACCAAUAUCCAGUGCCAUUACAUGCCAUGGAUUUCAAGUUGCUCAGGAUACUAGAUGCUUGUAAGGUCCGAUUUUACCAUAUUCCACUUGAAAUUUUGAAACUGGUUUGUUUAAAAUACCUUGCCCUUACUUGCAACAAAGAGCUUCCUAUAUCCAUAUCCAACCUUUUUCACCUUCAAUUCUUGAUUAUUAAACGACAUAUAAACAUAAGAAAGCGUGGAGGUCAGUCCUAUAUGCCGAUGGAAAUAUGGAAUAUGCAAGAGCUACAACAUAUUGACAUCUUCGGAACAGACCUACCAACUCCUAAUUUUGAUGCUACUUUGGACAAACUCACCAGCCUUUUUGGUGUGAGUGCAAAGAGUUGCACUGGAGAAAUUCUCAAAAGAAUCCCUAAUUUAAGAGCCUUAGCAAUUCAGAUGGAGUUGAAGCCUUAUGAUGAUGAUGAUGCUGAUGAUAACAACCCAUUGAGUGACUUGGGUAAUGUCUCAAAAGAACUCCAAAAUUUGAUGGGACUUGUAUUUGUUGUAAUGAAUCCUGACAUGAAGUAUGAGUGUAUGGCUCCUCUUUCAAUGUUCCCAUCAAGUCUAACAAAUUUGACUUUGGGUGGCUUAGGGUGUCCAUGGAAACACAUGAAUGACAUUGGUUUGUUGUUACCAAAUAUAAAGAAGCUUACUUUACAAGGAUAUGCCUUUCGAGGCCCAGAGUGGGAUGUAGAAUCAAGAUGUUUUAUGAAACUGGAGACACUUGUGAUUGAAGACACCGAUUUGGUUCAAUGGAGGCCUCAACAUGGAAGCUUGCCUAGGCUUGAACUCCUAAGCAUACGACAUUGCUACAAAUUACGACAAUUCGAUUGGACUCGUGAUCCAUCCAUGGUCCAAACUACAAUUGAAUUAGUUGAGUGCAGUCCCUUAGUUAUCCCUUCUGCCAAGCUAUUAAGACCGAGAUCUCUCUUUAGAGUUCGCUGCUACUCUUCAUUUUGAGAUGAGGUCUCGUAGCUAGACUCUCAAUUUGGUUAACAGGUUGAGUUGCAUUAACUUCCCCUGCAUCAGUUUAUAUCAUGAGACCGGCCAACGCUCCACACCAUGCCUCCUCGCUCUCAACCCAACGAAGAUCUUUCCAGUUGUCUAAGGUUUCGUGGAGUUUUACGUCUCAAUCAAAAUUGUGUUUCUGGUUGUCUGAUGAGGUAUUGUUGAGGUUUCCCAUGAUUACUUUUCAGUUUGUUAUUGCAAUAAAUAAGCAGAGACAAGGAAUAUUUAGAUAUGCCUACAAACAUGAUUGAAUGUUUAGACCUUAUGAUUUUUUUUUCAUGUACAAUAUUGGUGUAGUACUUAUUUCAUUUUCAUUGCAUGGUAUUGUGCUUGAACAAAUUAGUUGUGGCUUUCAUAAUUAUCAGUUUUUCUUACUAGCAAAUAAAAUCAUUACAUAUGAUCAAAUUUG